AUGAUAGCCAGAAGUGAUCAGCUAAUGCUGAGUGAGUGUGGAAAAGAAGCAAGACGACCACAAGUCACUGACAUCGCAGUGAAGUGUGGUACUUCAUCCAUUGGUCUCGCGAUUCAGAUCUGCCCUGUCAUCUACACUGGCUACAAUGAGACUCUACUGAUCCUGAACCAUAUGCUGGACCCAGCCUGUAAAGCAACCCUUGAUGAUUCUGUGUCUCCACCUGUUGCUCGCUUCAAUUUCCCAAUAAAUAUGACCCACGCUUGUGGAAGCAUAUUCAGGACCACCAGUGCUACUGGGACAGGUAUAUUCUCAGACUUUUCCAACAUCCAGUCGGUCAACAUCAGCGGUGUUGUUCGGUCCAGCGAUCUUACAGCAGGCACAAUCACGUACAAUGCUGAGCUUAAGUACUACUACUCCUGCGCCUAUCCCUUAGAAUACCUGAUCAACAACACCCAGAUUGAUGUGUCUGCUUCCUCCAUCGCAAUCAAGGACAACAAUGGAAGUUUCAUCAGCACCUUAAGCAUGGAGCUGUUCAGUGACAACACCUAUACCAAACCAAUGGUCAUUCCACAGCUGGGGAUUGAACUGAGGACCAGUGUGUAUGUCGAGGUCAAGGCCACCAACUUGACAGGGCAGUAUCAUGUCCUGCUUGACCGGUGCUAUGCCUCAAUCUCCCCACUGCCUUCAAACUCCAGCUACUUCAACCUUUUUGUCCCCUGUUCAAAGGAUCAGUUCACCACCAUGAUUGAGAAUGGAGACAGCCAGAGUGCCCGCUUCCGCUUCCCAGCCUUUCGCUUCAUCGAGCAGCAGAAUGAGACUGUGUCCACCUACUACCUCCACUGCAUUACACGGCUGUGUGAAAAAAGCACUUGCAGCGCCUUUAAGCAGUGCAACAACAGACGGAAGAGGAGCACCCUGGACACAUCUGAAGAGGGCAUAACCCAGACCUAUACCAUCUCUUCUCCAGAGAUCAUCACCAAAACCGAGAACAAUGAGUCCAAGGAGCAGCCUCUUGUUGCCAAAAAACAAGGCAACUCUCCUGUCGGACUUGGUGUGGCUGUUGGCAUCCUUGCCUUUGCUUGCCUUAUUGCCCUUGGUGUUGCAGCUGUAUUUUACAAAAGGCUCAGGAACUAA